AAAAUUUGUAUAUUCGAUGGAUAAUUCACGGAAAUUGUAGCAACUAAGUAACUCGGAAGAAGUUGUGUGUGCGUCCGAAAUUCGACAGCUCGUCGUCGGUGUGCAAUUAGUCCAAACAUUAACCAAAAAUUGUACAAAAAUGUUGAUCAAAGUAAAGACGCUGACGGGAAAAGAGAUUGAGAUUGACAUUGAGCCAACAGACAAAGUGGAGAGAAUCAAAGAAAGAGUCGAAGAAAAGGAGGGUAUACCGCCUCAACAACAGAGAUUAAUUUUCUCUGGUAAACAAAUGAACGAUGAGAAAACAGCUCAAGAUUACAAAGUUCAAGGAGGCUCCGUACUUCAUUUGGUGCUCGCGCUUCGAGGUGGACUUUAGUACAACAUUCCUUGCCGACUUGAGGAUAUUAUGAAAUUGAAAUAAGCGACAACACAAGAUGGAAGGAUCAAAUGAAAUAUCUUGUCAUUUUGGGAUUGUUGUCGUUCUGGGUGAACCCACUGAAUGCUCUAAUCCAACGCGAGUACAUUUGUAUUUCACUGAAUAUUAUAAUAAAAUAAUUUAAUUGUAGAAUACAAGGUUUUCACGAUGAAUCUCGAA